AUGAAGCUCCUCCGUUUCGGGUCCCACGCCGCCGUUUCGCGGCGGCUGGCGGGACUGGAAAGGAUGGUCGUGAAAUGCAGAGCAGAACUUGGACUUGGCAAACAAAGACUCUUGCUUGUCAACGGCAAUACGCGAGCGAAAGGCUCAGCUCUUCGGCGGCGAUCGAGCGAUAGGAAAAUCCGUUCCAGCGACUUUUUGCUUCACACCGGCCGUGCAGGUCGCGGUACGCCCGGGUGUACAGACACCCCGGAGGUGGCGGCCGCCGAAGCCUCUUUCGGCGAGGAUGCAUCGGGGCGUUUUCCUUCGCCAGUGAGUUUUUCAUGCUCGCGACCUAAGCUGCGAACUGCCGCGGGUGGGGUGGCGUCUUGGAAGAAAAAUCAGAGUUGGAGCCUCUCCUUUUCUUGCGGUCCAGAAUGUGUAUGUACACCCGACACACGGGAGAUGUCCGUGCCUCCUCACGGCCUUCGUUCUAUAUCAUUUUCGGCUCCUCUUCAUCCUUCAAGCAGCUGUCAGAAGCCCGCUCCAGAGCCGGAGCACGGUUCCGUGGUCCACGUACGCGACGCGCUGUCUCUGCGGUGUGCCUACACCUCGACGCCUGCCGGGGGCCUGUUCCCUCUCUUGAGUCCGCGCCUCCUCUCUCGAAGGACCUGCUCUUCCAGAGCGGUGCCUCUUUCCAGGAGACCUCGAGAAGAGAUGGUGUUUCGCGUGGAAACGCCUCGUUCUCUGUCUUCUCCUGGAGACUCUGUCCGGCUCCGGAGAAGGCCAUCAAGACAGAGAGACACUUGCGUCCCGGGAGAGGCGAUGCGUUGUGACGCUAAACAAAGGAACAUGCGUUUUCGUAGAAAUAGACAACGCAUGCGAGCUAGGACUCCAUGCGUCUUGCACUUCCCGGCAUUCUCUGGGUACCCAGAGGGCAGCUGUCUCGCUGUCCCCUCCUUAGCUUUGUCGUCUUGUUCUCUCCCGUUCCUCCGCUCUCCGCGUCCGUCGCUUCGCGCCACUGCCUCAUGGUCCCCUCGGCCGCGUUUCGUUCUAUCCUCUUCUUUACUGGCGCAGCCUUCUUUCUCUUCUUCUUGUCGUCACAUCACUGAGUCUUUCUUUCCAUCUUUGUCGUCUGCUCUCGCCUCCCCUUCUGCUUCUUCCUCCCCUGACGGUCCUAUGAGGUCUCUUCUCCGUCGUGACCCUUCUCCCUUUCACCAUCGUCCCCUUCCUUCGUCUUCUCCCCUCCCUCCUUCUUUCCUUUCUUCUUCUCUCCUGUCUCCUUUUCUUCCUUCUUCAUCUCCGUCUCUGUCUCUGUCUCGCGCAUUCGGUUCUGUCUCUGCCUCCCCGUCGUCCGAGUCUCCCUUCUCUUCUGCGAGUGUCGGCGAGGAGGUGCAAGAGCGCCUGAGCGUCCUGGAGGCCCCCGCCGACCGCGCGCGCGCCUCGGCAGUGGCGGCGCCGCUUCUCUCGUCUCCUCUGGAAGCCAUUGAAGCCUUCAUGAGCGAGGAAGUUCACCACCUUCUUAAGGCUCGCUCUUCCCCUUCAUUGCCUUCUCCUUUGUUUCCUUCUUCCUCUUCUGUCUCGGCAGUGUCUCUGGAGACCGACCACAGCGUCUUCGUCUGUCGAGACGGCGAUACGCUGGACGCGACUUUGCGCUUCGAGACUGCCUCUUGGGCCGUUGCAGCUGUUCUCGCUUCGCGGGCAGAUGGACGUCGAGGCCAGCUCCGGAACUCUCAGUCUUUUUUCUGGAUCCACUUUGCGUGUCACGUGGAGGCUGGCCUGUUGCCUCUCACUCGGAUUCUUCUCUUCUCUUCCCGCAAACCCCACAGUCUCCACCCGCGUGUUCCAGCCGCCUCCGUAGCUAUCUCCUCGCCAGGCGCCUGGGAAGGGCCUCCUCAGAAACUGUAUUCUGGAGCGGCUACUAGUCUUCCCACCGGGGUGGGGAGACCGGGGGCGACGAAGAGCGGCGGCCGCCAGGAUGCUUUGCGCGCUCUCUCGGCGGAGGGAGAGGGCGAGGAGGCGAUUCUGGAGAGCGCAGCUUUGCACGUAGAUUCUCCUCGACAAGAGGGAAUGGAAGGCGCUCUCAAACAUGACUCGGAUGUCGACGAGGUUUGGGAGGAAGUCUGUUUCCGACUGGCCGUCCUGGGGCGUCUCUUGGGGUUGUGUCGAGGCCGAGAGAACGGCAGAACCACUGCGUCUCUGCAGUCCGCCUCCUCCUCUCUCCUGGCCCCCACAUCUUCAGACGCUGCUGGUGCGGCGUCGCUGUUCCCCGACGUCUCUGGGGUCCGAGAGUCCCUCCAGAGAGACCAGCGUUCUGCGGCGAAGCGCGCUGUGCUUUCGCGUCUCCUGAGCGAAGUCGACUACCUGUACAUCACACAUCUCCCGCUCUUUGCUAGUCGUGUGAACCCCCUUUUUCGCCGCGUCUGCGAGUCCCUGCGCGUCCUCAGCGCGGCACACGAAACCUCCCAAGAAGCGGCUAAAGGCGGACGCAAAGAACCAUCCACGUCGGAGAUGAGACAAACACUUCAGCCCGUUUCUGUCGACAACGUUGUUGCUCCGAGUCGCGAAGAGACGCUUCGCCUUCAGAGUGCAGGGCAUCGGGCAGUCGAGGCACUCGAAGUCGUUCGGCUUCUCUCUUUUCUUGUGCGCUGUCUCCGCUCCCUCCCCCACAAAAGCGGCGGCGGGUCCCCGACGCCCCACAGAAGAGCGGAGGCGGAGCCGCGGGGCGAGAGCCACGGGGCCCUCUUUCGGGCCCCGCGGCUCAUCAGCUUCCUUCGGAGACACAUUGCAGGCGUGGCGAGAGUCGCCCUUGUGGGGUGUCUUCCCCCCGCCUCGCGUUCAGCAGCCGCCUGCCUCUCGCUCUUGGACAAGAGGGGCCAAGCCGGAGCUCAGGCGACGGAGACACAGGCCUUUUCGGGGCACUCUGAGGUCGAGCGACACGAGGCGAGUUCGUCGGAAAGCGGGGAUUUGCUGCUUGGGGUAAGGAGCGAGACUGGCGGGGCGACGCGUGCAAGCGGGGAGCGUCAAGCGGAGGAGCGACGCCUUGACGAGGACCCGGCCGUGGCAGUGAACGUCCGAGCUGAAGGCUCUUUUCAGAGGUCUUCUUCAACGCGGGAGACAGCAACACGGUCGUCGGCAACGGCGCUUCGUGGGCUAGAAACCGAAGCAACAGAGACAAAAGAGAAGAGAGAAGAGAAGAGAGAAGAGAAGAGAGAAGAGAAGAGAGAAGAAGAGGGAGACGAGAUGAAACAGACGAAAGACGAGGGGAAACUGGAAGCGGAGGACGAAACGCCAGACAGGAGGGAGAAGGAGGUGGGAGCCGCUUCAUUUGUGUCAGCUUGUGAACAGAUGGUGAGAGAGGAACGACUUUCUCUCGCAAUUCGAAAGGCAUGGGGAAGAAGGCGAUUUGCAUGCAUCACCCUGCAAGACUCGACGAACAAUCUGAGCAGCGCGAUGGAUCUCUGCAGACAGGAUGCGCGCGUUUGCCUCCAACACUGCGAGAAGCUUCUAUGGUGUCUGGAGCGCCUCCGGGAGGCCGAGGCGCGCGCGCCCGAGUUGCAAGCAGAGACGGGCGGUUUUCCUCUGGACCGCGAACUGCCUGCGGAUCUCCUGCAGGUCCUUGCAGAUCUCCUCGACUGCAAACUGGACAAACAGCGCGACCGCGACCGACGCUGGUCUCUCGCCGCCCGACGCCGAGCGGAAGAGCCCCCGCCGGCGCCCGCAGCGCUGCCCCUCGGCACGGGCGCCGUGGAGACACCUGCGGGCGAGGGCGGAGACACCUGUCCCCUGGAGACCCGUGUGAAGGCCUUGGGGCGACGACGGCGGAGGCGGCUUGUGAGGCCGGAACGCACGGUAGGACCCGACGCGCAGAAUGGAGACACGUCGUCGCCGAGAGCGCCCGAGGCUUUGAAUGCAGCGGGAAGAGAAGCAGAGCGGAUCGAGGUAGCCGCGGGUGCGUCAGAGUCGCAGGAGUCUUCAUCUGGUGGUGAAGCUCCUACUGCACCUCUCGACGGAGCGUCUUGUGAAGGAAGUUCGGAGAGUGUGAGAGUCACUGAGGGAGCUCUCGAGAUCGACGACAUUGAAGAAGAAGAAGAAUCGUUUCUGUUGCUUCACAACAUGCUCGAUCGGCAGAAUCCGUAUGCGUUUCCGCGUCUUCUCGCCAGCGCGAGUGACGUCGGGGACGAGCUUUGGUCUAUCUCGGCUGUGGCGCUAGAGGAGCGAGAAAAGCAGCACCAGUUUGCGGAGGAAGGUGCACUCUUUCCUUUUUACCCCGCGCGCGUGGCAGGUCCCUCGUCACUGGAGAGCAACCAGUGCGGAGCUGGCGAGGCAGAUGUGCUUGCACCUGCGCCCCCCUUCGCGUUUCUCGUGGACAAGCGCGCCCGGUUCCGUGAGCUCGAGAAGGAACAGAAGCGAAUCGCCCAGCUCCUGGCGGGGGCGCAGGGCGGCGCGAGCUCCUCUCUUUCAGGUGGAUGCGCACCGCGCGUCGCAGACAGCCACGAGUGGUGGGUGGUUGGCGGAAACGUGCGACCGGUCCCGCGUUCCUUCGAGGCCCCCGGUGCCGCCACGGGUGGGGUGGACGCAGGGGCUGCUCUGGGCGCAGAACCGUCUCGGGAGCCUUUCGCUCUUCCCGGGUCCCGAGUUGGAAACUCGGGCGACAGCGAGACGAGGCGCUUGGCAAAAAAACAGCCGCAUGUCGAUGUAUUCCGCGCUGCGAGAUUGGCCGAGUUGGAGCAGGCGACGAAAGACGCGCUCAGGGCCCUCGUCGUCUCCUGCUGCUUUCCGCCGAGUCACCGGCCGACCGCGAGAGCCUUCGAAACGACGCUGCUGGCGGCGAUUGGAGCCCAAGGCGCGUCACGCGCACCAGACACCCUUCUGGGCCAGCCAGUUUGGGAGGAGGGUCUCUCAGGCGUCUGGCCGCAGCUCCACGGCCUCGCAGGCCUGCUGAAAACUUGGCAAGACAGCGGUCCGGUAUUCUUUACCGCCGUCAGUGUGAGCACGCCCUGUGGGGCUGUUGCAGACACUCCCGGCGCUCCUCGAGGGGACACCGCGGACGAGGGCCCCAUGUGGGGUGACGCCCUUUGCAUGGUUGAGGGGUCGAGAGGAAGUCGUUGUGACACGAGGGGUGCCGAGGGUGGCUGGUCACGGGUCAGAGGCAGUGCGAGUUCUCAGAAAGAUGUCAAAUGGUUUGUGAGCGCUAACACAUGCACCACAUCACAGCCACAAGAGAAGGUCCCCGAGACGUUUCUGAUAAGUCGCCAGCGGGAGGGAGGCAUACCGCUGUCUGUAUACAGCGUCGAGCGUCGCUACUGGGGGGUCGGAGACCGGAGAGACAGCUCUGAGUGGCAGGUGUCUGAGCUGCUGGUUCUCCUGAGAAAGCUGCAGAGAGCGGCCUCAAAACUGACGGGUGCCCUCGAGAGACAGACGGUUCGUGCGAGACUUCUCUUGCCGCAGGUCGUCGCCAGUAGGGAGGCGGAGAGCCUCCUUUUGACCGUCGUCCAGGGGCUCGCCGCCGCGUUGGGCGAAGAGACAUGCCCGCGCCUCGAUACUCUGAGUGUCUCUCAGGUGGCGUCCACCUCAGGCAGCGACGACCUUCGUUUGGUGCAGGACCAAGCGCUCGUUCCAGAAGAGACAGCGAGGCUCGAGAAAGAAGCAGCACUUGAUUCUUGGGAACCAAGACACUCGAGAGCUAUGUUGCUGCAUGCGACCACGGGCGCGGUCUACGGCUCGCUGUCGCGCGGCUGGCAGUGGCUCGUUGUGCAGAGACUAGGGAAAAGGGUGAUUCCAAGGGGCUCCCCAGACAUCGAAACUCGCCAACAAAACAAAGAAACAAAGGCGGGUCUUCUAAGUAUCCAGCAUCUGCGAGGCAGUCCACCACCGUCCGUCGUUUCUCCCGGAGUGUCUCCGCUGGCGCUGCUCGUCCCACCUCGUCCCCGCCGCGUCGACAGCAAAGGCCCCCUAUCGGCGGCUCUGCUGCCGACCGCAUCUGGGGCGCCUGUUCUUCUGGAGCCUCAUCCGCAGUUCCUGCGGGAGCUGGGCCGGCGCCCGAAGCCCGCGCAAGGUAGAAUGGAAGGCUGGCUAACUGAAAGAAGAAAGUUGCAGGACAAAGACGAAGGUCUCUGGCUGCGCCGCAUUGACAAGCUCCACAGCCUGCUCACAAUGACUCUCAAGGCGCCUCGAGGCACCGGCGGCGUCAGCGAAAAUGUACGGUGAUCGAUGCGAACUGAGGUGGAGGCCGGGAUUUGACCAACCAGGAUCCUGGCUUCCUUGGCAGUAAGUGGGCCUUCUUGGAUGGAUUCGAAAGAAAAGUGGCGGUGUGGUGUCUCUCACAUUGUGCGAGAAGACACAGGCGGAUCGCAUAUCCCAUCGACUGUGUUUUUUGUGUUGGUUUUUCAAAUAGACGCUGGAGAAUACUACGUGCUCGUUGCACUUAACAUGGUGGCCGUGGCAAGCACACUAGAACUAAAGUCCGGGUGACAAACGGACUCUGAAAAUGCGGUGAGACUU